GAAAUAUACAAGCAUAACGUAGUUACGUUACAGGCAGUGGUUUAUAACCUAAGUCGGUUUACUUCAAUUGUGACAGAUCACUCAAGAUAUUUUGUUUUAUUAGACCAAACAAUAAUUAACAUUUGUAGGCAAUUUGCAAGGGGAUCGUUAAAUUCAUAUUUAUAUACCGUGUGUCUCUUAUGAAUAUGACUUAUUAUGCUAAAUAACGACUCAUGUUUGCACAGCAUCAAAGCACAGUAUCCUGGAAUAAUCGUCUUUCGAGUCACUGAAAGAGUUUGUGAUUCGGUCUCACUUUGGAAUAUGUCAAAUUUUCAAAGUCGUUGGAUUUUUGAAUUAAAGUGUGGAUAUUUUAUAAUUACUGAUUGAAAAAAAGUUGGUUACUUUAUGCAAUCACACGCACUCCUUAACAAUGUACUGGCCGUAGCCUCUUCACAUUCUUUUUAUCUCACAUAGUAUUACGAUUUCAAGUUUUCGGGACUCAGACAGAAGUUAUUUAACAGGAAUGAUCCCUAAAAGUACCAUUUCUCCAACAAAUUCUUCCGAAUACUUUGGGUCAAUUCUACCUAAUAGUUCUAAUUUGGAUGGUUUGUCUGAGAUUCCUUUAGUUAUUUCGUCACUUGAUGGUGACAAAGAACUUAUUAGCUACUAUAUUGUAGGUGUAUCAAUGAUAAGUGUUUGCUGCAUUGGCCUUGUUGGGAACUUCUUAUCGCUAAUUGUAUUGACAAGGAGAGCCAUUGGGGCCUCAACCACGAAUACAUACCUCAUUUCCUUAGCAAUAGCCGACAUACUUGUACUUAUUGCGACGAUACUAACCGCCAUUAAAGAUUCCCGAAAACCAGUGGCCGGUAGAAUGUCUUGGUUAGUUUGGCAGGAUGCACCUAUUGUUCCGCGGGCUUACCCGUUCUGUCAUGCUACAGCAAUAUUGUUUCAAGUCACAUCUGUUUGGUUAACAGUUGCGUUUGCUGCAGAUCGCUAUUUAAUGAUAUGUCAUCCGUUCUGGGCCAAAAGAUGGUGCACUAUGAAACUUGCCAAAAUUAUAAUUCUUUUAAUUUAUGUAUUUAGUCUGAUUUAUGGAAUCCCACGUUAUUUUGAAUAUAAAGUUUUUGAAAUGUAUCUACCACUAAAUCCUACCUUAUUAGAGUUUCAAUACGGUGAUCUCACAAAUAGUGAUUUAUCUGUACAGAAUUUAUCAACUUUUACAUCUGUAAUAUCCGAUAAAGGUAUGGUUGGAAAUGGUAUUACCAGUGAUUCUAUGACCAGCAUCUCAAUAGUUUGGUAUCAGUUAACCAGUUUCGGUGAAUCAGUUCAAUUUCGUAAAGCUUAUCAUCUAUGGUCAUGGGUUUUAUUAGUUGUUGGGAUACCAUUCACUCUGAUCGCUAUUAUGAAUACAUUUCUUAUUUUGGAAGUACGCAAAUCAAGUCGAAAGUGUGUUGAUCAAACCAAACGAUCAGAAUAUCGACGACAGGAUACAAACAUUAUGCUUAUCGGAGUAAUAAUUAUAUUUUUCAUAUGUCAGCUUCCAGCUGCUGUGAGUCAUAUAGCCUGGGGCCUUAUCACAAUAGAAUCUAGCAAAAAAAUGUCAUGGUUCCUUUUAAAUGAAAUCGGAAAUUUACUGAUUAUUGUCAAUUCAGCGAUAAAUCUUCUACCAUACUACAUAUUCAGCCGCAGAUUUCGUCGACAUUUUAUACGAACGUUUUGGCCCUAUCGAUGUGUUCGAGAUAACGGAUUACAUUGCAUCUACAUUCCGGAAUGGGCUACGAGGUCUUUGAACAAUAAUGAUGAUGGAGAAGAAUCUGAGUUAGCUGGAACAGCAACACAAUAUGGAUAUAAUCCUAGAAUGAAUUUAAGAAAUCACUCAAACUAUCGUUUAAGUAUUUAUCGUAAUAAUAGUUCCAGUUCUCGUUCGAGGCCUAGUCUUCCAUCAAAUAAUAGAGCAAGCUGUGAAUCGCAGAAACUUUUUUCUCAUAUAUUCAGACCUAUAUUUCAUAUGAGACAAAAGCAAACCAAAGCCUUAAGUAUAUCCUCUGAAUUAAAACCAAUGCCUGUAGAUAAAGGAUUGUUAUCAAAACGAAUACUGCUUGAUGAUUGUAAAAUAAUUGAUGACAUUAAAUCAAACAGUCAUAACUUGUUGAAAGACAUAACUUGUUCUAAUAAUAUUAACAGUAGAAAUUUAAAAUCAUCUAGUUCAUAUACACUACCUUAUCGUGGAUCUAAUUCAUCGCAUUGUUCUGUAAGCUUUCUAGUUCUUACAGAUAAAAAUUUAAAUGCUAAACAUUUAAAAUCAAUACGGAAGAAAAAGUCAAUCAGUGAUUUUAGAUUUGAUAAAACUAGGCAAUGUGAUCAUAAAAUUGAUACCGAUUACGAGACAAAAUCUAAGACUUGCACAACUAUCAUUAAUAGUAGUAACAUUAAUAAUACGAAUGUAGAUAAAGAUAAAAAUCUUUCCAUCAAUAGUAGUUAUAAUCACAAUAACAAUAAUCUUAAAAAAUCUACUUUAAUCUACCUUCAAAGUUUAGAAGAAAUAUCAAGUAAUCCAGAUAUAGAAAGCUCUUAAACUGAACUCAAGCGUUUAGUUCUCUAUCAUUUUUCUUUUUUCCCUUUCUACAACAAAUAAUAAAUAGAAAUUAUUUCUUGUAUAGUACAAAAAAAAUAUUAGUGAAAUUACUUUUAUUGUAAUUUUUUGUCAAUUAUUUAGGUAUAUUAACAUGACUUAUUAUUACUGUGAUUAAUCUAUACAAUUUCUUUGUUUCAUUUUCUCUUUUUUUGAUAAAAAAAACAACAACAAACCAAAUCUGUGAUUGUCUAUUCUUUUAAAUAUACAUUCAAUAAUUUGUUAGUUUCCUGAUCUUCAUUCUGUUUUUUUCUUCCUUUUCUUUUUUUUUAUCUGAUCUAAUCAUGAAACAAGUUUCAAAUGUAAAAUAUACAUUAACGAAGAAAAAAGAUUUUUACAUUUGUAUUUUCCUCUGAAUGAAUGUUUAUUUAAAAAAAUACAAUACAAUAAUGAUAACUGAAUAAUUAAAAAUGAUAGACAUGAGGGGAUAACAUAUUUUUGAAAUAUAAACUAUUAAUAGUAAUAAUAAUAAUAGUGUUAUCAACAUUAUUGUUUGUAUAAAAAUGAAGAAAAGAAAGAAGAGAAUAGUAAUACAUAUCAACAAGAAUUGUACAUUUUUUCUUUUUUUUUCAAUGUUCUUUUUAGUUGUAAUCAGAUAUGUAAAUAAACGAAUGAUUUUAUA